GCGGCUAUAAGGGGGAGGGCGCCGGUGGGGAGGGGUAGGGCGCUGCGGGGCUGCCUGGUGCGCGUCGGCGGCCGCGCUCCGUCUGCGCUGGGGACGCGCUCGAGGCGGCCGAGCCGCGACGAAAGCCAAGACAAUUCCAUUGAAGAGAUGGACUACUCUGAAUCCUAAGGCCUUCUCAGCUCUUUAGAACACACAUUUAGCUGGUUUCUGUACCUUCGGUGGAAGUGAAAGCUAGAGGGGAUGACCGAAUUGCCAUGGAAAGCCAACCAUGCUGCUUUUCGGCAUAUUUCUUCCCUCCGGCAGUUUGGCAGCUCACACUGGCAUCUAUCAUAGUGGUUAUUGAAUUCCACUGUGUGGAACGUACCAGCAAAGCAAAGAUUUGAGUGAAGCCUCCGUCCUCUCCAUCAGAAUCUCUUCCUCUGAAGCUGUCACCAGUGUGUGGAGCCUGCCCCACACCCAUCACCUGCCAAACCACGGCCUUUACCUGUGUCUUCCGGUGUUUCCCGUGCGACCCGUCCUGUGGGAGUGCCUCCUGGGCCACCCCGGAGUUCACGCAGCGCUCGGUGGCUCCAAUGGUGAAGAUGACAAGGUCCAAGACUUUCCAGGCAUAUCUGCCUUCAUGCCACAGGACCUACAGCUGCAUUCACUGCAGGGCUCAUCUUGCCAACCACGAUGAACUCAUUUCCAAGUCCUUUCAAGGAAGCCAAGGACGAGCGUACCUCUUCAAUUCAGUAGUUAAUGUGGGUUGUGGCCCUGCAGAAGAGCGGGUGUUAUUAACAGGAUUACAUGCGGUUGCAGACAUUUACUGUGAAAACUGCAAAACCACACUGGGUUGGAAAUAUGAACAUGCUUUUGAAAGCAGCCAGAAGUAUAAAGAAGGCAAAUACAUCAUUGAACUAGCUCACAUGAUCAAGGAUAAUGGCUGGGAUUGAACGGGAAGAGCCCAGCCCUUCCAGCGUGUAAGAGAAUGCCAUCCAACCGAACAUUAUAUCCAAGAGUGAGAGAGUGACUGAACGCUUGGUUCCAUGCAUUUAGAGGCUCUGCAGUUUGGGAGCAUCUUCACACCCUUCUCCAUCUUUAUUGGUGACUGGCCUCUAAAUUUCUGUCUCUCUGUCUCUUUGCUUUGUAUCUGUUUGUGAGUUGACCCUGGCUGCUUCUCUCUCUGUUCUGGCGUUGGCUAAGAGAAUGCACCGAAUGCCCGACAGCCAUUCCAUGUUGACGAAUGUGUUUAAGUGCAAACUGAAGUUGGCUCUGUGGUGGCAUUUUAUCAGAAGGUCUCGGUGCGGGAGGAAGACCUGAGUUUUGGGCAGGAGAAAGUGAAAGGGGGUGGGGAGUGGGCCAAAAGGGAAGCCAUCAGAAGUGAAACUGUACUUCUCCUUUAAGUCCUGGUUAACCAAGGCUUGAAACUAUCUGCUUGUCUCAAUGGGCAGAAAUAUACCUCACGGCUGCGUUCUCUCCGAAUCUUAAAACCGCGGCUCCAAAAGUGGGGCUUCAGUCUAAGCCGGCUGAGCACAAGUCAUAACCAGUGCCCCCCUGCUAGCUAAUUGCGAAUCUGUGUUUUGUCUGCCAUUUAUGAACUUCUCGUUUGGGGGAGGAAGGGGAGACCUGAUGGCUGGAGAGAUUCCCUGCCUGGCCUUUUUCUCUCUGUUUCAGAGCAGGUUGGCCAAACCCCUCAACAGAGCACAGCUGUGGGAGCAUCCGCAGCUGGAGAAACCAAAUCCUGACUCUUGAGCCCUUGAGAGAGGAGGAGAAAAACACUGAAGGCAGAAGGGGGCUGGAACUGCAACUUAGAAAAUACGACAGAAAACAAAGCCAUGUGCUAGGCAAGAAAGGGGAAAUCAUAUAGGGGAGGCUGGAGACAAACUGAGUGGCGUAAGAUACCCCUUGAUCUCCCAGCCUUUACUGAGCAUCCUUGGGAGUCUUUUACCAAUCCUUUGCAAAUGCAAGUAGGUAAAUGCUGUUACAGUAUCUUUUUCUUAAAUCUCACGCCCCAUCCAUCAGCUCCACUCUUGGAGCCUGUCAAAGAAACGAUGUGACAGUGGGGAGAGGAGGGAGCAGAGGACCCUGACAGUUGUAGCAGUAUUGCAUAGGUGGAUAUUUCAAGCCAUGAGGUAUCCCCCCCAAAAAAACCUUCUCCCCUUUUCCCACUCCUAGAAGCCUAUUACAGACGCUAGGGGGAUGGGAAACAAAAUUAAACAUCUUCCCCCUACCCCUGAAAUUGUUUAUGCCUUGGAGUUAAAGGGGAGGGGCAGGUUUGGGUGUCGUAACUGUAAGGGACAAGUCCUUCCCAUUUUAAGUUUUUCAUUUUAAUUAGUAUGGACCUUGCCAAGGUGGUUUGUGGGGAAGGGGCAUUGUGUGCGAGAGGGGAGCUGUGUUAGAUGUAAAUGACAAUGUGAAGUUUGCUCUGCAACAGUCCAGCCAGUAUCUGGUGCAUAACUCAAGACUAUUUAACUGAAUUAGUUUUAUCUCUCUGAGUGAAUUUUCUUUUUGUUUGUGGAAUUCUUUCAAGUAGGUUAAUCCACUGGGGGAAAAUCUUUCUUAAUCCAGAAGGAAAGAGUAUUGUGUGGGGUUUUUUAACUCCUUAUGAAACCGAAGCUUUGGAGUUGUAACCUAUUGUCGCUGGCCCCCACCUCCAGGAUAUUCGGAGUUAGCGACAGAGAUUGGGGUGGGGAGCGAGUGACAAAAUAUUUCGCUGUUACAUGGAGGAGGUGUGAGCAGAGAGGCUACUUACAGAUGGGGGCCAACUCUCCACGUUGGGGCCUUGUGCUGAAAUCCCAACCCGAUGGCCUGUCUAUCUGAGCAAUGGCUGUUUUUUCCCUUGAAUCAUUAUUCUUGUGGCAGCAUGUUGUUACGACCUUGGAGAGGGAAGUGAGCUGGAGGCUGGCUGUGGCUUCUCUAAUGGGUAGGAUUAACUUGUUUUUGUGGCAGGCCUGUUAGGAAGGAGGCAGCUUCUGCCUUUACCCUUUCCAUUGUGGCUGUGUAACAGAGUCGCUUCAGCUUUCAUUUCUGAUUGUCCACAAGCCGUUUUUCCAUUGUCCACAUUCCCUCCUCUGAUAAAAAUCUGGUAAAAAUCAAAAACUCUGCAGUACCCGUUAGUUUGUUGACUUUGGCACUGGCCUGACCCUGUUUUCCUGUCCCUUGGUUCUUGAGCCAUGACAACUUAUUGCCUUGUGGCUAAUGGGAAGUCAUUUGCAUUCUUUGAAGAGCCCUUCAAUUUCCCAAAUAUGCAGCCUUUAAAGGCAUCUGAUAGGACCUGGGAAAAUUAAGGGAUAACCCAAAAUCAUUAAUACGAGGUUGACAAACAGAGUACACCUGGGCUCAUGAUUUUAUGUUGGUAAUGUUAGGUCGGCCCUGAUCGCCUAUAAGGAGCAAGCCUGCCUAGAGGGUGCUCUAAGAAAUAAGAAAAGUUUCCACAGAGUGCUGUCAGAGACAGAUGUUUUUAUAUUUGGGACCCGAAAUGAUGAUGAUCCAUCAGAUUGGGCUGUUUUUUAACUGUUCACAGGGGUGAUGUUUUUAAUGGCAACCGGUGCAAGUUUGAAUACGGCAGCGUUUUAAUGUGGUAUUAAUUGGCUUUGUCCCGUCAACAUCUACAGAUUUACACUUGCUGAGAAUCUGGCCUCAAGUCCUGAUAUAAAAAAAAGUGUGCCUGUGAAUGUCCAUGCACGCAGAGAGUUAUGUAUAGACAGAUUUUAGUACACUGUACAGGGAGAUGAGAAAAAGCUGGCCUGUGAGGCUCACUUGACAUUUGUUCUCUGCUGUGUGUCCAUUAAACUUAAAAGUACUUCUUAGUCCACUGCUAACUCAUCUGUGACUUGCUGUAUGGAGACCAUGACGGUACUGGGAGCUGGCGGCAGACAGGAUGAUUAGAUCAGGAUGCUAGUGGGAAUCACAGUCAGUGCAGUCUAAAUUGAUGGCUUGUCAAAUAAUACCUUCAGAGCAUAACCAAAGAUCCGCACUGUCUGCGUCCCCCGGCCGUGCCGGCUCGCCGUGGCCAGGUGGUUGCCUGGUGGGGUGAGCAAGGUGGGACCGCUGCUUCCGAGCUGGAGAUGUGGCCCCCGAAACCGCCUCCUCCAGCAGGUACUGCCUGAGCGUGGAGCUCCGAGUGCUGGGGUGCCGCUUUCCGGGGCGAUAGCUUUAGGGACAGCAAGGACAGCAGCACGUUUUGCUCGUUUUUUUAAUGUGGCGGCCUGGUCUUCGGCAAGCCGCCGCCGUGGCUGUUGGGGAAGGCAAAGUGUACGCAGCCCUGAGUUUACAUCACCCCGGUCUACCCCAAAGCUCAGACUUCGGUAAGUGUUAAAUUUUUUGCUCUGGUGGAUUAUCUGAUGUGAAAUCCUGAUCCCUGUAAUAACUAUUGAGAUGAUAAUAUAUACAAAGCAGAAAAAAAGCAUUAUCUUGUGAAAUAUACUUUUGUAAAUAAUAUUUAAUUUUUUUAAAAAAAUAAUAUAUUUGGUGCUGUUUUCUCAGAGCCCCUCCCUAAGAGCACUUUUUGUUGUUUAUAAGUGAUACUGUUUCCUUCUGUAUUUGUUGGAAAAUAUGUUUAAAGGGAAACAAAAAUCAUAAUAUAUGUUGUCCUCUAAAGUUAAUCCUUUUUUCCUCUGGACGUGGCAGGAGAGGGGAGUCACUCCUGGGUCCGCCCAGCAGAACUGGGCUCCUGCCCAGGCCAUUGCCAGGUUCCAGACAGGGGCCCGCGGUCGGGGAAGGUGCCGGCGUGGGGGGGUGGGAUGGGGGCGUAGCUCCAGACGCCGGGGGAGCGCUCAGCCGUCUGGAGUUACACACGUGCCGAAAUAGCUUCUUCAGUGCCUGAGGUCCCGGUCCGCAGUCUGAUCCCCGCGUGAGAGCUCUCGUCCCCAUGGGGAGCCCCGCACAGCCAGCGGGGCUCCGCGUGGGCACGACUUUCCUGAGGAGAUCUGGUUUGUAGGAUCUGGGCCUGAAAUUUUCUCUUGCACCAGUAUUGGCUGGAGUGAAGUAGAUCUCAAGACUUAGAAUACAGAAGUGAAUAUAAGCUUGCAACCUCUGAAUCUCUAUUUCCAGUUGCUUGGGGGCAGCAGGGAUGGAGGAUGGAGAUUUCUAACUAGUCAUUGUUUUUAAACUAAAAAAGUCUUUGGACAUGGAUCCUGGUUUUCUUCUUGUUUUGUUUUGUUUUGAAACCAGGCUGCUAUGUAACAAAUUAGAGUAAAAGUUUACCUCUCUGGCAGUAAAGUUUUUUUUUGUUUUCCUUUCUGUCUUUAACCUCCCCCCUUCUCCCCACUCUUCGUUUUUAAUUCAUUGGGUCUCUUGUUUAUCCCAAAGUGGACCAACAGCACAAACCAUUGGACUGUUUUGCUGAGCAAGGAGCUGUUUUCAGUGCUGAAUAACUGUUGCACGCUCUUUAAUUUUCUGUUCUGGUGCACACAAUUUAAAAAUAUAAAAGAAAAACACCCUACAGAUGAAAUUUGUUGUUCUUGUGAUAAUCAAGUAAGAAUUUUCUCUGUAUGCAUUUUUCUAACUGGUAUGUGAGAGUGUGUUAAUCAUGCAUUUCACUGCACUUCCUCCUUGCGGAAGGAGCAUCAUGUUUCAGUGUGAACCAGUUCUUGGAUGAAUAGAUGAGACACAAACACCCGGUUGGGUAAACAGAUUUGCAAGAACCAGAGCUCGACUCAGUGGGAAAGAGCUCUUCUCACCAGGUGAGAGGCCUCUGAAAUUAAAUGUUCAGAAACAAUAAUGUUAGACAUAGAUUUUGAAGAAUCCUGUUUAAAAAGAAUAAACAGAAGAGGGGAAACAAAAUCACAUUGAAUUUAAAAAAUCAACGUAUUUAAAUGCAAGCAGAAUGGCAUUGUGUAAGGUACAAUCACAGAUAAGCUAUUCUCAUAGUUAUGAACUGUAUGUAUCCUUUGUUUUGUUUUUCGUAAGGAUAUGGGAAUGCUUUCCCCACUGACAAAACUAAAGGACAAUAUUUCCAAUACCAGCCUGUCUCUUGAUGCUCUUGUGUUUACAAAUUGUGUAUACUUUUAUUUCUUUGAUCUUGUUUUAAUUUUAUUUUUGGCAUAUUCUUUCAGGUCAUUUGCUUCAGUAAUAAAUGCAAUUGUUUGUUUUCAGAUAAUUGGUUUUCACCUUUUCAUGUAUUUGUACAUUGUAUAUAGUUCUUCAGUAUUAGAGGGAGGCGUAUUGUUUGUCAUAUUUACAAUAUGUGUUGGUGCUCAUUUGAGAAAAUAAAAUUUUCAAGUACUAAAA